CUCAGUAUCGCCUUACAUUCCGCCGUCGACGCACGUCUAUCGGUCACCGUCAAAACUCUUUACGCAAAGUACUGCUGUUAUUGACGAAAAUGCCAAGUUCCCCCAAAUUGUGAUUGUGAAAUAUUUGUGAUUCAGUGAAACAUAGUAUUAUGAGCUGAAAAUUUGUGUAAUAUCUCAACGGGUUUAACGUGAUUUUCUGUUGGAAAUCGCGUCAAAAACUCCAUUUAACGGAACCAUCGUCUCGGUUUAUGUAUUUCGAUAGUCGCGAUGUCGUGGUGACUCCGGCGUCAUGAUGAGGCUCGACGCGUCCGAGAAGCAGCACCGCUACCACAACCUUUUGCAAGACGACCAUGCCAAUGAAAUGUUAGAAGGCGAGGGCGCCGGUCUGGCGGCGCGAGUGGCUGAGCUUGAAGUCCGAUGCAGCAGACAGGCCGAGGAGCUGCUCUGUCUGCGGUCCACCUUAGCUGAUGCUCUGAGGAGACUGAACGCUCUGGAGGGCAGGGCGCCGACAGCACCGACUGGCCAAAGAAAUGGCGCGUAUACAGGGUCUUCGAGCACGCCGACCCGAGAGCUCCGACUGAGGCAGCCGGCGUACCGAGAGACAGCCAAAAGAACCUCCAGCUACGGCUCCAGCGGCUCCUCACUUCCUCAGAGACGUGGUCCCCAGCAUCAGUCAACGGGUUCCCUGCAGUCUGACUCUCCGGCGUCCUCGUCAUCUCUCUCCCCCGCGCCGUCCCCCUCGCCGCGGGCCACCCCCGCGCCGCUCCACACGCCGCAUCCACCACAGCCUUAUAGAUCUCGCAACAACUCCACGUCCAGCAACCAGAGUGCGUCUCCUCACGGGAACAGUCUCACGAAGCGCUGGAACUCAACUGGUGACUUCGGAGCCCAGGGUCUCAUACCCAACAACAGAUUCACCACAACAAAGUCGUUGCUUAACUUGUACUCUAAGCCGUCACAGAACGGGUCCAUAUUGAAACACGGCACCCACACCUGUCAGUAUAAUGAAGAGGAUGGUUCCAUGCGGAUGUACCUACGAGGUCGGCCGGUGGUCCUGUACGGGCCCAGCGACCAGGACGCGUUGGACCCCGCCAAAGUGGCGCCCCCUCCGCAAAGCAAACUCAAGUUGGAGUGGGUGUAUGGGUACAGGGGCAAAGACUGCCGCAGCAACCUCUACCUCCUGCCCACGGGCGAAAUCGUCUAUUUCGUCGCUGCAGUGGUUGUCCUCUUCAACGUGGACGAGAGGUGUCAGAGACACUACACGGGACACACGGACGAUGUCAAGUGUCUGGCGGUACACCCGAACAAGUUGGUGAUAGCUACGGGACAGUGCGCGGGUCAUGACCGACUGGAUGCCCGGCCCCACGUCCGCGUAUGGAACUCUGUGUCCCUCGCGACUCUCGCAGUCAUCGGGGUUGGUCAAAUGGAGCGCGCCGUCGCCUGUGUCACCUUCUCUAGGGCUGAUGGGGGUUCCCUGCUCGCUUGUGUUGAUGAGGGACCCGACCAUACUAUCUCCGUGUGGGAGUGGCAGAGGCCUGACAAGGGCCACUGCCUUGCGGAGACCAAGUGUUCAGUGGACACAGUGGUAGCAGCAGAGUUCCACCCGCUCGACCGCAACCAGAUCGUGACCUGUGGGAAGAACCACAUCGCGUUCUGGACGCUGGAUCACACCAAUAUGCUGUACAAGAGGAUGGGCGUCUUCGAUGGCAGGGAUAAGCCCAAAUACGUCACGUGUCUUGGGUUUAAUCAUAACGGCGACGUCCUCUCUGGCGACUCGAGCGGUAACAUCAUCGAGUGGGCGCGCGGCACCAACACCGUGGCCAAACUGGUGCGCUCCGUGCACGAGGGUCCUGUGUUCUCGCUGUGCUGCCGGAAAGAUGGCUCUCUGGUCUCCGCCGGCGGGAAAGAUGGCAGGAUUGUGCUUUUGGAUGCCGAGGCGAAUCCAACCGGAGUAGAGAGUGUGAUAGAAGGCCACUACGGCGGGGUGCGCGUGAUCGCCGAGGGCCGAGGCAGCCAGCUGUUCGUCGGAACCACCAAGAACUGCAUCCUGCACGGCGACCUGGAACUGGGAUUCUCGCCCGCUGUGCUCGGGCACGUGGACGAGCUGUGGGGGCUGGCGGCGCACCCGACGCUGGCGCAGUUCGCGACGGCCGGCUGGGACCGCCUGCUGCAGCUCUGGGACGGGCUCAGCCACUCCACCGUCUGGAGCAAGGACAUCGAUGAGCGAGCGCAGUGUGUCUCGUGGUCGGCUGAUGGCGGCGUGCUGGCGGUGGGCUGCCUCAGCGGGAAGUGGCUGGUGUUCGACCCCCAGAGCCGGCAGUUGUUGACCCAGCAUCAGGAUGGCUCGGAGCCAAUCCAAACGAUUCAGUACUCCCCAGACAACUCCAUGGUAGCGCUGGGGUCGCGAGACAACUUCAUCUACGUGUACCGGGUCGAGGACAGCGGCGCGAGGUACACGCGCGUUGGGAAGUGUCUCGGUCAUUCGAGCUACAUAACUCAUUUGGAUUGGUCGGAGGACAGCCAGUACAUCAGGAGUAACUCCGGAGAUUACGAACUUCUCUUCUGGAACGCCACCACGUGCCGCCAGGUGCCCAGCGCCAGCAGCCUGCGCGACGUGGCUUGGAGCACCGGCUCGUGCCCCAUCACCUUCAGCACCAUCGGCGUGUGGCCGGAAAACGCUGACGGCACCGACAUCAACACUUGCACUAGAUCGCACGAUAACAGACUAGCGGCGACCGGUGAUGACUUCGGAAAGGUCAAGCUUUACGCGUAUCCUGUCACUCAGCCCAAGUCGCUGUGUCACCAAUAUGGCGGGCACUCGUCCCACGUGACCUGCGUGCGGUUCUUGCCGGACGACUCGCGGCUCGUGUCCACUGGCGGCCUCGACACCUCCGUCAUGCAGUGGGCACUAGAUUAGAUAUUAUAGAUCUUAUGUCCAAGCUACUGAGACUAAAUCACAAAACAUAAGCCCCAAGCACACACUUUAAUAGCUAACUCCGUCACGCAGUGGACGUUCGAUUACCUAAACACAAUAAAAAAGCUACUAAUAGAUCUUAUGUUCAAAUUAAUAAGGGCCUAAAUCAUAAGCACUGAGAGGAAGAAGCAAGUAAACACAAGGAGUCUUGCAAGGUUGUCCUACUCGACACCUGCGUCACGUAAAGGAAAACAAAUUGAUAUAGAUCUUAAAAUCAAACACAAGAUCCUAAAACUAAUCGUAAGCCCCAAAGAAACGUCUUACAAGAUAGGUACGUGACGUUUAUAAGAAUUUUAGGCUCCAAAGAAACUUCGGUCUGAGCCCCAAAACGGAAUCCAGGCUCAGAGCAAUAAGCACUGUAAUUCAAACUAUUUUAUACAUACAAAUAUAUACUCAUAUUUACAAAUAUCACACUCAUUCUCUGAUGAAUACAAUGUAAAGUUUUUGAUAACUGAGACUGAAUAUAUAGUCCACUCGACACCAUAACAAGUUACCCUGCCAAUGGAACUUUAUGCCGCAAUAAUUGGGGUGAAUUUGCAAUGAAUUUGGUAGGUUGAUGUGCGGUUGAUUGGAAAAUAAAAUAGUAUUUUUAGGACUGGGCCUAGACACAGACAUUUUAAGGUUUAGAGUUCUUAUUCAAACAUUCCUUUGCAUAAGAUAUUCAAAUGAAUAUAGGUAAAAACCAGGAGAGAAAAUCAUUUUACAAACACAACGGUAAUUUUUAACAAAAUACAGAACUGAUUUUAACGAAACAUAUUUCUAUUACAAUUAUGCAUUUGGUACAUUUUAAAUAUUAUAUUGAACUUAUAGGCCUAACUUUAGACGCCUUAUUCUAUCUGCCUAGGAAUAAUGUCAAUAAAAAUUGUAUUGAGUAAUUCAUGACUAAAUUUUGAAUCACUUCUUAUUACGUUAGAUACAGUUGAAUAAUUUUAUAUAAUAAUUUUCAAGUUAUAUUUUCGCGUACAAGAAGUAGUACAAUUUGUUUUUAAUGAUUUAUAAAUAUAUGAUAAUGCACUAUAAUUAUCACGUUAGGUAUUUUUGAAAUUUAAAUUAAGAUAGCAGAUAUUGUAUGCACGGUUGUGAUGAUUUUAAAAAUCGCGUACGUCCAUUACUUUUAAAAGGACUCAUUUUUAAAGUAUUCAAUAUCCCAAACAUCUUAGUCUAUUAGUAAUAUUUGCCAGAAGUACUUUAAGACUGUCCUUUUAAAAGGACACUGGAUCUUAUGAAGGUAAAUAGUCAUAAUUUGAAGAAAGAAAAAAUAAAGCGUUGAUAUUCUAAAAUAAUAUUUUAAUAUUAUUUUUUUACGCUGAGCCCGGGCUUCGGGGCUUCACAGCCCCGAAAUCACACGGGAACAUGCGGAGACGAGAGUAUUAUUUUUCUUUCUCUAAAUUAUAAGGUCUGAUUGGUCCAAACGUAGGUUUUCAAGUAAACGUAAUUAGUAUAGGUGCAUGGCAACACUUUUAGUGUUUUUUUACACUUGCAACACUGCGAAUAUCUUUGUGAUUGAACUUAAUAUGCUAAGAAUUUAAUUAUUAUUUCUAUGGCACUAUGUAUUUGAAUUAUUCAAUUAAGAUGGAAUCAUGUUUUGCAAUUAAGUUUAUAUUUAAGUUAUUAUUGUGGUUUAUUAAAAUAAUUUCUGAUGCCUUCAUUGAGUACAAAUUAUUUUACAUCGUUUUGUGUUAAAUUUGUUUUUUUAAAGGGCAGAAAAUCUAAGUAUUAUUUUUAUAAGCCACAGCUUAUUCCGCACGGAUUACUUCAGGUCCAUAAUUAGGAGUUCCAACGACAUAUGAAGAUACGGCCAAGCUGAAACGAGCGUUAUAUCUUAUGAAUUAUAGCUCAAUACAGCUCGACACGUAUCUAUGCACGAUAGUACUUGCACCUUUUUAUGUAAGCCUGACGUAAUACGAGCAUUUAGGGCCCGUCCUCAUUGCUCCGUAGUCCUUCGUUACGUUGACGUCCGUCAACGGAUCAACGCAUAAAUUGGAAUUUCCAUAUGUCGACGCAGGAAAUGUCAAAAAACCUAUGUAAAACGGCACCGCACGGCUGCGCCGGCGCAACGGAGCACGACGCAGCAAUGGGGCCGCGCCGUAGUUAAUACACAUUUCGCGUUUCGUUCGUAACCUAGUCACAGGUAGGAUCAUCUUAUUUAACAUUUUCCAUUUAGUUAAUAAUAAGCACUAAUGUAGGUCCUGUAAAUACAUAUGCGUAAUGUAAGAUGGCGUGCCCGUCUCUAUCAAUGUGCCUCUAAUAAAUUGUUUAUUGAG